UUCAGGAGGACAUGAUACUAAUGAGAUUGCCAGUAUUUUAUUAAUUUGUAUAGUUAAUGGUGAAAGAUCACUGUCAACACGAUUCUUUGAUGAAUUAACCGCUUGUUAAUCAUUGCAUAUUUCGAUCAUCGGAUGACAGACAUGUCCACAAGGCCAUCAAAUUUUUAUUAUCCCAUUUCCGGAGUAGAUGCUGAAAGACUAUUGAACACAUGUGGUACUGAAGGGUCAUUCCUGGCUCGUCCCAGUGGUUCCAGUCCGUCCGACUACACACUGUCUGUUCACAAGGGUGAUCGUAUCAAACAUGUCAAGAUACAGAAUAAUGGGGACUGCUUGGAUUUAUACGGUGGUGAAACGUUUGCAUCGCUUUCAGAACUUGUUCAAUUUUACGUCGAGAAUCCAGGACAGCUGCGAGAAAGGGAUGGUGAAGUCAUUGUUUUAAAAUGUCCUCUGGUAAUACCUCCAACGGAAGCUGUUGGAUGGGCUUUUUCUCGUCCUUCCACAGAAAGGUGGUUCCAUGCAGGUUUAUCAGGACCGGAGGCAGAACGAUUACUUCUUGCUGAAGGCAAGCAUGGAACAUACUUGGUGAGAGAAAGUCAUAGUUCACCAGGACAAUUUGCUAUUUCAGUGAAAGCUGCAGAUGAUAAAGUGAUACAUGUGAUGAUUUACAAUAAGAAUGAAAAAUUUGAUAUCGGUGGUGGAGCUACCUUCUCGACUAUCAGCGAACUUUUGGAACAUUACACAAGGAAUCCAAUGGUAGAUCAAGCAGGAACAGUUGUUAAUCUUAAACAGCUUCUCCCGUCAACGCGUGUUCCAGCGACUGGUAUUGACGCACGUUAUCAUCGACUUGAGCAAAUUAAUCGUGCUACGGGAAAGGAUGGAUUUGCGGACGAGUUUGAGAGGUUGCAACAUCAAGAACCGACGCAGUUCCUUAGUCGACGUGAAGGGAAGAAGAUCAGUAAUGUGUGUAAGAAUCGCUAUAAGAAUAUCAUACCAUAUGAUCAUACUCGAAUUGUUCUGAACUUCAGUGACGCAGAUUCUAGUGAUUAUAUUAAUGCAAAUCACAUCAAGAUUCUUGGUGACGAAUAUCAGGAUUUUGCUGGUUUGCGUCGAAGCUACAUAUCAACACAAGGUUGCUUGCCUAACACUAUCGAUGAUUUCUGGAAUAUGGUUUGGCAGCAGAAUUCUCGAAUUAUUGUUAUGACAACAAAAGAAGUAGAAAGAGGAAGAGUCAAAUGUUGCCGAUAUUGGCCUCUUAAAAACGAAAUAGAAAGGUUCGGAAAAAGUAGCGAGUUGGUCAUUAAGUCAUUGCAGGAAGUUGAAAAUCCAGACUACACAGCACGGUUGAUCCAGUUCAUGAACACAAACCAUGAUAAUGAAGUACGAUUGAUAUGGCAUUUCCAGUUCCUUGGCUGGCCUGAUCAUGGCUGCCCUACGGAUCCGAGAACUGUUUUAUAUUUUCUUGAGAAGGUAAAUGAAUGUGAGGAAAAUCACUGUGACGAAAAUGCCGGCCCAAUUAUUGUGCACUGCAGUGCUGGUAUAGGUCGUACUGGGACGUUCAUUGUAAUUGACAUUCUCCUCAAUCAAAUUAAACGUUUAGGGCCACACUGCCAAAUAGACAUUCCGCGUACUGUGCAAAUGAUUCGUGAGCAGCGGUCAGGUAUGGUACAAACUGAACAGCAAUAUCGCUUCGUGUAUCAGGCCGUAUCGCAUUAUAUGGCCGUGAUUAAUCGAAAGCUUGACUGUGAACGUAGGGAACGAUGCAGUUCGCGCUUCUCAAGCGGAUCAAACCCCGACACACCACUUUCUAUUCACAGUCCAUUAACUUUCAUAGCACAAACGAGUCCCCUUUCCAAAAAUUUCAGUGUAUUAAGCACCCCAACAUCCAUAAGUGAUUGCGAACGCUACUAUUCAAAUACAGAUUUCGGAUCUGUAGCCCUGUCAACAAAACCACUUAAAUUAGCGCCGCCGCCUUUGUCUAGAAAACAUGCCAGUUUUGAAGAAGACAUGAGGACUGCCACCGCUGCUAUAAUUAAUGACAAUUUGCCCUAAGUAUUCACAAUUUGGGUUAGCUGAUCUAAUCACCAAGGCAAAAAAAAUUAAAC